GCCGGCUGAGUACUGCAGGCAUUGCCCGCGGCGAUCGCGGCAAUUGCGGACAUGGCGGGCUGCGGGCCUCCUACCAGCGGCAGCGGCAGCGGCGCGGCCCGGCGGCCGCUGCACUCGGCGCAGGCGGUGGACGUGGCCUCGGCCUCCAGCUUCCGGGCCUUCGAGAUGCUGCACUUGCACCUGGACCUGCGGGUCGAGUUCGGGCCGCCCGGGCCGGGCCCGGGGAGCCGGGGGCUGAGCGGCACGGCGGUGCUGGAGCUGCGCUGCCUGCUGCCCGAGGGCGCCGCCGAGCUGCGGCUCGACUCGCACCCGUGCCUGGAGGUGACGGCGGCCACGCUGCGGCGGGAGCGGCCCGGCGCGGAGGAGCCGUCCGCGGAGCCCGUGGCCUUCCACACGCGGCCCUUCUCGCACUACGGCGAGGUCCUGUGCGUGGCCUUCCCGCAGCCCUGCCGCGCCUCCGAGCGCUUCCAGCUGGCGCUCGGCUUCUGCGUCGGGGAGGGACCCGGGGUUUGUUGGUUGUCUCCUGAGCAGACAGCGGGGAAGGAGAAACCCUUCGUCUACACCCAGGGUCAGGCUGUCCUGAACCGGGCCUUCUUCCCUUGCUUUGACACUCCGGCAGUGAAAUACAGAUACUCUGCGCUUGUGGAGGUCCCGGAUGGCUUCACAGCUGUGAUGAGUGCAAGCACCUGGGAGCAGAGAGGACCAAACAAGUUCUUCUUCCAGAUGUGCCAGCCGGUCCCCUCCUACCUGAUAGCCUUGGCCGUUGGAGAUCUUGUUUCAGCAGAAGUUGGACCCAGGAGCCGGGUGUGGGCAGAGCCCUGCGUGAUUGAGGCCGCCGAGGAGGAGUACAGCGGGGUGAUAGAAGAAUUCUUGGCGACAGGAGAGAAGCUUUUCGGACCUUACGUUUGGGGCAGGUAUGACUUGCUCUUCAUGCCGCCUUCCUUCCCGUUCGGAGGAAUGGAGAACCCUUGCCUGACCUUUGUCACCCCCUGCCUGCUCGCUGGGGACCGGUCCUUGGCAGACGUCAUCAUCCAUGAGAUCUCCCACAGCUGGUUUGGGAACCUGGUCACCAAUGCUAACUGGGGCGAGUUCUGGCUCAAUGAGGGCUUCACCAUGUACGCCCAGCGGAGGAUUUCCACCGCGCUCUUCGGGGCUUCUUAUACCUGUUUGGAGGCUGCCACCGGGAGGUCCCUGCUGCGGCAGCACAUGGACAUCACCGGCGAGGACCACCCACUCAACAAGCUCCGAGUGAAGAUCGAGCCGGGUGUUGACCCAGAUGAUACCUACAACGAGACCCCCUACGAGAAAGGGUUCUGCUUUGUCUCCUACCUGGCCCACUUGGUGGGUAACCAAGACCAGUUUGACAAGUUUCUCAAGGCCUAUGUGGAUGAGUUUAAAUUCCAAAGUAUCUUAGCUGAUGACUUUCUGGAAUUCUACUUGGACUAUUUCCCUGAGCUGAAGGAAAGGAAAGUGGAUUCCAUUCCAGGUUUUGAGUUUGAUCGCUGGCUGAAUACCCCUGGCUGGCCCCCCUACCUCCCCGACCUCUCCCCUGGGGACUCGCUCAUGAAGCCAGCUGAAGAGCUGGCCCAGCUGUGGGUGGCCAAGGAGCUGGACGUGCAGGCCAUUGAAGCUGCAGACAUCUCUACCUGGAAGACCUACCAGCUGAUCUACUUCCUGGAUAAGAUCCUCCAGAAAUCCCCUCUCCCCACUGGGAAUGUGAAGAGACUGGGAGAGGCGUACCCAGCCGUCUCCAGCGCCCGGAAUGCAGAGCUGCGGCUACGGUGGGGCCAGAUUGUCCUUAAGAAUGACCACCAGGAGGAUUUCUGGAAAGUAAAGGCGUUCCUGCAGAGCCAGGGGAAGCAGAAGUACACCCUGCCACUGUACCACGCCAUGAUGGCUGGCAGUUCGGCGGCCCAGACCCUCGCCAAAGAGACCUUUGCCUCCACCGCCUCCCAGCUCCACAGCAACGUUGUCAACUACGUCCAGCAGAUCCUGGAGCCCAAGAGCAGCUAGGGGCUCACGCACACAGCCUCUGCCUCAUCAGACUUUGCAGGGUUUUGGGUCGUUGUUCCCAGCUUCCGGUACUCCAGUCCGCACCCUGAAGUGUCUGUCCCCGCAGGACUGGCUCUCUGGGCUCCAUUGUCUGAGACUCUGGGGCCUCUGGGCCAGAAGUCCUUCCUGCAGCUCGCCGCCCCUACAGGCUGCUGGUGGUGUCAGGGGCAGUGGGUCUCCUCCCUCCUUCUACUUAGGUCUCUGGGGAGAAGCAAAGAUGAGUCUUUCUUUCUUUAUUUCAUUCUUUCUUUUUUGUUUCUUUCCUUAAUAAAUGUUUUUAAACAAAAACUA